AUACAACCAAACAGAAACUGGUGAGCAAGACACAGGACUUGAAGUCUUGAGAUCCUACCGCCAUGCUUUCAGUGGUACUAUUCUCAGGUUUCUUUGCCCUCAUGCAGUGUGUCCCUCAUUAUGUCUUUGUGAAUGAAUCCAAGACUUGGGCAGAAGCUCAGAGAUACUGUAGAGAUAAAUACACUGAUCUGGCCUCCAUUGAGAAUGAACAACAGACGGUCCAGUUAUUGGAUACAGUGAAUGAUGAUUCCAUUGAUUUGGCCUGGAUUGGACUCUAUGAUGAUCUGAACAGUUGGAAAUGGACUCUAGAGGACAAUGAUUUCUUCAAGGAAGAAGGGAAAGACUUCAGGAACUGGUAUGACCCAGGACCAAACUAUUAUGGAGGACAAAGUGUGUGUGUGUAUAUGCACAUGGGGAUAUGGUAUACAACAAGCUGCUCCAAUGCAUUUUAUCCUACUGUCUGCUAUGAUGGAAGAGAAAACGCCAGUGAAACUUAUGUUUUUAUUUACCAAUACAAAACCUGGACUGAAGCUCAGAGUUACUGCAGAAAACAUCACACAGACCUCGUCAGUAUCAGGAAUGAGCCUGAAAACCAGAAGAUUCAGUAUUUAUCUCGGAAUUAUUAUAAUGUUUGGAUUGGACUGUACAGAACCAGAUCUUGGUCAGAUCAGAGCAACUCUUCAUUCAGUAACUGGACGACAGGACAGCCAGAUACUCCAGGAUCCUGCACUGUAGUCUCAUUCAGUGACUCUGAGCAAUGGACAGAUGAAAACUGCAAUUAUGUAUUUCCUUUCUUUUGCUACAGUGUGUCAUCUUUGACAUCAUCACGCCAGUAUCACUUUGUGAAUGAGUCUAAGACCUGGACUGAAGCUCAGAGACACUGCAGAGAGAAUUACACUGAUCUGGCCACCAUUGAUAACAUGGAGGAAAUGAACAGUCUGAUAAACACAGUUAAUGGGAGUUACAGUGGCUCAGCCUGGAUUGGACAGUAUGAUGAUGUGAACAGCUGGAGAUGGUCAUUGGAAAACAAUGAUUUCUAUCAGGAAGGAGAGAGAGAUUUCAGGAACUGGUAUCAUGAACCAGACAACAGUGGUGGGAAUGAACUGUGUGUUUACAUGCAUUAUGAUGGGAAAUGGUAUGAUAUAUCAUGUGACAACACUCCGCCAUUCGUUUGCUAUGAUGGUAGAGUGAAUGCUACACAGAGUUACGUUGGAAUCUAUGACAGGAAAAUCUGGUCAGAGGCUCGUAGAUACUGCAGAGAUCAUUACACAGAUCUCGCCAAUGUGAGAAAUCAGACUGAGAACCAGAGGAUCCUUGAGACAACAGGUGGAGGAGUCUGGAUCGGCCUGUACAGAAACAGGGUUUGGUCAAACGGUCAGAUUACCAGUUAUGAAAACUGGAGGCCACAAAUUUCUGGGUUACAGGCGCAACCAGAUAAUGGAAAUAAUCAAGCAUAUGAAUAUGGAUAUCAGCACUGCACUGCAGUAUCAUUCCAGUAUUCAGGCCGAUGGACAGAUGAGGUCUGUGAUUCCAGCAGGCCUUUCUUCUGCUACAGUAAGACCUGUACACAAUCUUCAUGCACUCACCAGUAUCAUUUUGUGAAUGAGUCUAAGACCUGGACUGAAGCUCAGAGACACUGCAGAGAGAAAUACACUGAUCUGGCCACCAUUGAUAACAUGGAGGAAAUGAACAGGCUCAUUAAAACAGUACGUAGGACUUACUAUGGCUCAGCUUGGAUUGGUCUCUAUGAUGAUCUGAGCAGCUGGAAAUGGUCUAUGGACAGUGCAACAUUAUUGGGAGGAUUUAACAGCUGGUAUGUCCAGCAACCAGUGAACUCAGGUGGACAGAAUCUGUGUGUGUACAUGUCAUAUUAUUGGGGAUCAUGGAGUGAAAUCUUUUGCUCCUAUAGACUUCCCUUUGUUUGCUAUGAUGGAAGAGUGAAUGCUAGUGCAAGUUACGUGUUUGUUUACCAGUCCAAAACCUGGACUGAAGCUCAGAGUUACUGCAGAGAACAUCACACAGACCUCGUCAGUAUCAGGAAUGAGACUGAAAACUACAGGGUUCAGUCAUUACUUUCAAAUUAUUACACAAUUUGGAUUGGAUUGUACAGAACCAGAUCUUGGUCAGAUCAGAGCAACUCUUCAUUCAGUAACUGGACGAUAGGGCAGCCAGAUAAUGCUGGAAACAGUGAAUACUGCACUGCAGUGUCAUUUAGUGACUCUGGGAGCUGGACAGAUGAAAACUGCAAUACUGCAUUACCUUUCAUUUGCUACAGUGCAUUAGCAUCAUCCCGGGAGUAUCACUUUGUGAAUGAGUCUAAGACCUGGACUGAAGCUCAGAGACACUGCAGAGAGAAUUACACUGAUCUGGCCACCAUUGAUAACAUGGAGGAAAUGAACAGUCUGAUAAACACAGUUAAUGGGAGUUACAAUGGCUCAGCCUGGAUUGGACAGUAUGAUGAUGUGAACAGCUGGAGGUGGUCAUUGGAAAACAAUGAUUUCUAUCAGGAUGGAGAGAGAGAUUUCAGGAACUUUUAUCAUGAACCAAACAACAAUGCUGGGAAUGAACUGUGUGUUUACAUGGAUUAUAAUGGAAACUGGUAUGAUUCAUCAUGUGAAAAUUAUUACAUAUUUGUCUGCUAUGAUGGUAGUGAAAACGCCUCUCAGAAGUAUAUCUGGGUAUAUGAGGGAAGGACCUGGACUGGAGCUCAGAGAUACUGCAGAGAGAAAUACACAGACCUGGCCAGUAAACAGACUGUGGUCAGAUCAGAGCAGCUCUUCCUUCACAUAUUGGCUGCCAUAUACUCCAGGUGAGGUUGCACAACCAGAUAAUGGUGCAAAUGUCCAAGGACUGCAGGGAGCUCAACACUGCACAGCUGUGUCUCUAAAAUACUCUGAUCAGUGGACGGAUGAAAGUUGCUUUGCCAGUUUGCCUUUCUUCUGUUACAGUGGUGAGCAAAUAACUUCUUUAAAGAAAUAAAAGAAUCAGGCUAUAACACCCAAAAACAAGAAAAUGUGGAUGUAAAUGUGGAUUCUGUAAAAUAAAAACAAUAGAAAGAUUGUAUCAAACAUGUAACAUGCUAACUUUUUGCUAAUGCAAGCUUUCUGUUUGCUUUUCGGUGACCCUGAUGACCAUCAUCAUAUCAACACACCAUUUCAGAUGAGUAUGUGAUGGGAAUGCGAGUAGAAGUUACAAGUCUAGAAAAUUUGUCAGAGUCUCAGAUUGAAGAGCUGGUGAUUAUACAGUUACAAGAGGAGCUGAUCAGACUUGGACUUCCCAACAACGUGACCAUGCAUUUGAGAGACUAUCGUAUGAUCAAUCCCUGAAGUUGGAGGACAGUGCUUUGCCGUUUCCAAUAAAUGCAGUUGUGGGCUCAAUACUUAAUCUAGCAUGAAAUUAUACUAUAAUCUAUGAAGACUUUUACAAAUGAAUGAUCCAGAUUUUGUUUUUCCAAAAUGUUAUGUCAUUGGGAUGUGUUGUUUAAUGGACCUAUUUAAUCAGUGAAGGGGGUUAUAUAAAAUACUAACAAUGUACUAUGUAGCUUGAUUUUCAGUCAGAGAUGGAAAAUUAUAACACAGUACAGUACAAUAUACUCAUUAUACUAUUGUUGACAUGAAUGUGAUAUUUUGAUCUGAAUAUGAUUUAUGGAAGAUGAUGAUUUUGAAAACAUGAUUAAAUGAAAACAUGAUUAAAA